CACUUACUAAAUAAAGCAAUUUUAGCAUUGAUUGAUUAAAAGGAAACAGGAAGAAGAAGAGUUGCAUUCCUUCUAAAAGAGUUUUUUUUUUUUUUCCUUUUUCUUUCUCUCUGUCAAAGUCUUAACCAACUUUAAUUUGAUCUUUGAACCAAGAAUUCACGAGAUUUCCCUGACAUUAUUGCUUUGACAUUGCAAAAAAACCAAACUCACUCACUUUUUUUUUUUUUUUUUGCCUGUCAAAAAUGACUACUGCAAAAAAGUCUUGCCACUCUCACAGACUACUUCUUGAAAAAAGACUCCAUUUUUAUGGCUAUUUUUCUUUCAAAUUUUGUCACCUUGAAACCCCUUUUGCCUUGUCUUCAUCAUCCUUUCCUUUUCCAUAGCUGAUUCUUGUAAUUUCUAGUUAAAAAAAGAAUCCAUUUUAGGGCUAGUGAAACCCCUUUUGCCUUAUGUUCAUCAUCCAUUUCUUUUCCAUAGCUUUUAGUUUAAAAAACACUCCAUUUAUAUGGCUAUUUUUCUUUCAGUUUUUGUCACAUUGAAAACCUUUUUGACUUAUUUCCAUAAUUCAUUCCUUUUUCAUAGCUGUUUCUUGUAAUUUAUUUGGUUCCCAUGGGCUUGGUUUUUCAAUUUCCUUAAUCAUGCAAAGGUUUCUCUAAAUGGAAAGUUCAUUCCUUUCUUGUUUUCUUGGUGUAUGGCUUAAUGGAUUAUCUUUGUUUUUGGUUCUUGUUUGAUAUAUUCAUGAAUUUAAGCACCCAUGUUUUUGAAUCAGUUCAUGCAUUUCUUGAAAUCAAAUCACACAUUCAGAAGAAAAUUACCCUCUGAAAGUGUGUUUUGACAUUUAUUUUUAAAAUAAAAUAAGAAGGGGCAGUGUUUAAAAAAAAAAAGGGAAUUUUCUUUAGGAAAACACCUUCUGAAAGUGUGUUAUGACACUUCUUGUUUUGUUUUUUUUUUUUUAAAAGAAGGGGUUGUGUUUUCACAAAAAAUAAUAAUAUUUGUUUUGAAAACACCUUCUGAAAGUGUGUUUUGACACUUUUUGUUAUAUAAAAAAGGGUUGUAUUUUGACCAAAAAAAAAAAUCUUUUUUUCCAUGGCUACUUGUUUUAAUCCAUUUAGGCUGAGAAGGUCUAAGAGUAAACCAUUAGAAAUGCCUUCAUCUUCUUCAAGAACUAGGUGGAAUUUAUCUGAUAUGGAAACAAUGGACAAGAAAAGAUUUGAUAGUUUAGAGUCAUGGUCAAUGAUAUUAGAAUCUGAUAAUGUUGAAACUUGGGAAGUUUCUAAAGAAGAUCAAGAGGAAUGGACAGCUGAUUUGUCUCAGCUUUUUAUAGGUAACAAAUUUGCUUCUGGUGCACAUAGCAGAAUUUAUAGAGGAAUUUAUAAGCAAAGAGCAGUUGCUGUAAAAAUGGUUAGAAUUCCAACUCAUAAGGAGGAAACUAGAGCUAAGCUUGAACAACAGUUCAAGUCUGAAGUUCGUCUGCUUUCGAGUUUAUAUCAUCCCAACAUUGUGCAGUUCAUUGCCGCUUGUAAAAAGCCUCCUGUAUACUGUAUCAUUAUGGAGUACAUGUCACAAGGAACAUUGAGGAUGUAUCUCAACAAGAAAGAGCCUUAUUCACUUUCCAUAGAAACUAUUCUGAGGUUAGCUCUCGAUAUAUCACGAGGGAUGGAGUAUCUUCAUUCACAAGGGGUGAUUCAUAGAGACCUCAAAUCAAGUAAUUUACUUCUGAAUGACGAAAUGCGUGUCAAGGUUGCAGAUUUUGGGACGUCGUGUCUUGAGACACAGUGCCGUGAAGCCAAAGGAAAUAUGGGAACUUACCGUUGGAUGGCACCAGAGAUGAUUAAGGAAAAAUCUUAUACUCGCAAAGUUGAUGUGUACAGUUUCGGAAUUGUGCUCUGGGAGCUCACAACAGCUCUGUUACCAUUUCAAGGAAUGACCCCCGUGCAAGCCGCUUUUGCUGUUGCUGAGAAGAAUGAACGACCACCCUUGCCGGCCAGUUGUCAACCAGCACUUGCACACCUCAUAAAACGCUGCUGGGCGGCGAACCCCUCGAAGAGGCCAGACUUCAGAGACAUCGUUUCUGCUCUAGAGAAGUACGACGAAUGUGUCAAGGAAGGCCUUCCGCUGACUCUCCAUUCAGGACUAGUCAGCCGAAACGCCAUUAUUGAACGCUUGAAAGGCUGUAUAUCCAUGAGUUCAUCUAUAAUUGUACAUGUCUGACUCUUUUUUACCAAACAAUAAUUGCCAUUUGUAUUUGAUCAAAAGCCUUUUGGUUCUCCAAUAGGUUUAGUAAAUUACAACUUGUAUAUAUUUAUUAAUGUGUACUUAUCACAUCUGAUGUAAUCCAUGUUAUAGGAUAUUUAACAUUAAUAUGAAUGGUCUGCUGGUGGAAUUUCAUGUACA